GACUACAGACCAGUGUUGCUAGCCUCAGACCAGUGUUGACAGUAGACUGUCUACUGUCUACGGCGGAAAAAAAAAUCUGUGAUGGGGAGUUGUGAAGUGGUGCUAAGUGUUUAAACUUGCUAAAAUUAAUUAUGGAAAGCGAUAAUCGUAAAUUUGGCAUUGCCCAAAGGCCUGGUGUGUUACUAGUCAUCGGAGUCAUAAUAGGCAAUGUCUUUUUAAUUACUGGAAUCGUACUUCUGAGGAUUUCAACCGAGAAUAAAGGCUAUGAAAUUAUCAAUGAUUACACAGAUUGCAAAUUUUUUGAUAAUCCAAAUGAAAAAUGCAAAGACGUUAUACCGCGAGAACCAUGCGCUUGCUAUAUACAAAUAAAUAUAACAGAGCGGUUAGAACCGCCUGUCACUGCUUACUAUGAAUUGGAGUCCUAUGAACAGAUAACUGGUCCUUAUGCGAAGUCGAGGGACGACCAGCAGUUAGCAGGACAUCUUUCAGCAACACCAGCGGAUAGUUGUGCCCCUUACGCCUAUGUGCAGAAGAUGCCGAUAGCUCCGUGCGGAGCGCUCGCCGACUCUAUGUUCAACGAUACGUUUAGUUUACAAGUAGACGGAAAUUUUGUACCAACGAAUAACACAGGUUUGAUAUCUGAUGAUGAAAAGAAGCCUUUUCGAAACCCAGAAGGAAACCUCCAAGAAGCAUUUAAACUGUUUUCGAAACCAAUCAAUUGGCAAAAGAACGUGACUGAGCUGGAUAAGCUACAUCCGGAGAAUAACGGAUUUCAGAACGAACAUUUUAUUAUUUGGAUGAAGACAGACAUGAAACGCAAACCCGCUUGGCGUGUCAAUGUUGCCGACGAAAACUUCGCAAAUGGUCUCUCCCCUGCCACCUACAAUCUACGCGUUGAAUAUGCGUAUCCCGCAUCCCGCUAUAACGGUAAACGGUUGUUUAUAAUCAGUUCCCGUCAAGAUAUUGUAAAUACGGCGAAACGUGAUGCAGGCAUCGCCCUAUUAUGUAUGGGCCUAAUUAUUCUUAUUAUAACAAUAUCGUAUUUGCUUGUAAUAAAGUGGGAACGAUGUCGACGUUGUGUUAGAGUUGCGUAUAAAGGACCGAUUCCAACACAGGACAAUUAAAAUUGUACCAGUCAUUAGCGAUUUGGUUCUCAAAGAAUAAUGAUAACUGUCCUGAAAAUUAUUGAAACGUACAAGCAAUAAUAUGUUACAUACGUGGAAUUUAUUUAUUGAAUUAAUUAAUAAGGUACACAAAGGUUUUACAAAUUAAUUUAUGUUGUUAGCAUUUAUCCUCCACACAGUGCAAAAACAUCACUUAAAAGCGUACACACCAAUCAUUUGGAAAGUUACAAUCAUACAUCAUAAUGGAUUAAAUUACAUUGCAUUACAUUAUAUAUAGCCGAUAAGAGUCUGGCACUUUAGCAGACCGUAGUAAAAAAGUGUUUUUUAUAAUAGGGAUAUUUCAUAUUGUGGUGCAUAGCAUGUAAAACGCAUUUUGAAGUUUUUACUUAGUAAUAACAGGUGCCACAGAUUUUUGACUUAUCGCAUAAAUCGCAUUUAUAAUAUACCUCGAAAUAAAUAGAUAGGUACUAUUGAGAGAGAAUUUCUAGGUAUGUAUGAAAUUUGUUUUGUAGACUAUAAGAUAGUCGAGUUUUAUGCCUUUAUUUUGUUUUGUUACCGCGGAUUUUUUCGCUUUAUCUCUAGCGCAUUUUUGCUUUUUAAAUCUUACGGCGGUAUUCAAAGAAAACCCUGUAAGUAUAGUUUUUUUUUUUAGGAAACCAUAACAUGGUUUAUUUAAGGUCAUUAGGGCAAAGCCAAAACUAAAGAGGUAAAAAAAGGGUCUACGUUUUUGUUGAGGGAGAGAAAAGUUGAAAAAUGCCGCCCCUACGAAUAUUAAACUGGGAAACUUUUUGGUUGUUUUGCAGAACACUUAGUUAAGCAUAAAUAAUCUAAGUAUAUAAAAUCUGAAUAUAUACAUAUGUACAAGUAAUCUCAUUAUAGGAAUCACAGAAUACUUUCCGCUUUGUGUGGCCUAGCCAAAUCUGGGGCUUGAUUCUGCUAUGUUAACAAUGUGGCAAAUAUGUUGCUUAAGUAAAAUUAGCAGAAUCGAGCCCCAGAAGUAUAAAAUGUCUUUCAUUAAUGUGAAUAUUUCUUCUGUGGAACAUUAAAAAAAAAAUACGAUGUGUUAUGAUAAAUAAAGGAUGAUCAGCUCAGUGAAGGUAGAAGUCACAAUUUGCGAGGCUCAUGCCUAUGUAUAUUGAAAGUCAUCUGGUUUACGAACAUCCGAUAGGUUUUUUUCUUUAUUUGUACGUUUUUCUUACAAUUUUACUGAAUGUAAAUGUUAUAACACAUAUUCCAAUCUUAAGUACAAGAAAUAUACAUGUAAAAAUAUCUAAAAGUAGGUAUGUAUGUAUAAAAAAAUAUUACUAGUAAUUCUGUAAUUAAUUUCAGUUGAGAUAGUAAAUGUGUUAUAGUUCGGGAAAUACAUAUAAUUCUUUGUUGAAAAAUAUAGGAAAAAUACCAAAGAUAUAAAAAAUAAAUAGUCAAUAAAUGGAAAAUAAAGAUAGAAGAAUAACAAGUCAAUUUUUACUGUGACUGUACGUGUAAAAAAGUGAAUCUGAGAAGCAAAAAACACGAAACAAAACGAACAAAAAUAUUUAGCUUUACAUAGUAGUAUUUAUUAAUUUGUAUUAAUUAAGUUGACUAAUCCUGGCAUGUAAAAUUGUGUGUAUCUUUCGUUUUUAGCCGGGGAGUUUUUGUACCUCCUGGCGGCUCCACACUGUUGUCCAGAAGUCACGGAACUAGUCGUGCCAAAUGCUCACGCACUGUACACUGUACAGGCUCGAAUACACACAUGGCAUUUGGCAUUCACGCCUAUUCACGGGCUUCUCGGCACUAAUGUGGAGCCGACAUUCGAAAAUAUUUAUCAAUAUUAUUGGGAAUCUUGACAACAUAGGUACAUACCUAAAAAUAAGUUUGAUUAACUAUUGCUUCUGUUUGGUCCUCCGUAUUAAAAACUGGUAACGUAAAAUAGACUGUAUCACUACCUCAAGAAGUUUUAAAAAGUUUUCUAUAUGCUAUAGCUAGUUUACAUCUGGGGCUUGAUUCUGCUAAGUCAAUAAUGUGACAAUUGGAUAACAAUUGAAUCUCAAUAGUAGCUUUAACCUUAGUGGGCAUUCUGCUACUAAUCGGAGACCGAUCGUAUUCCAAUGGCAUUUCAUUGGUUUUCCAUUUGGUAUAUAGGUUAAUUUGCUCUACAAUCACAUUGCAAUCGUAAAUCAUUUGCAGACAAUAUGAUUCAUUAUUGAAUUACAGAAAAGGAUAAAAACGUUCAUUUAAAAGUAAAAUUUGCGGAUACCACAUACGCUUCAAUCGUAAUUUAGUCGUGAUUGAAUAUUAGUUAGAUAUCAAUCCGCUUAAGUAAAAUUAACAGAAUCUAGCCCCUGUUUCUAUCUAUUGAACCACUUUUAUAGGUAUAUAUACCCUAGUAUCCCAGAUGAUAAGAUUUUAUAAAACUUGUAUUUACUUAACUUACGAAACAGAUCAUAGAAUUAAACUUAGGUAGGUAUAACUAAAUAGUUAAUUUUCCGGAAAAUUACCAGUCAUUUAAACAAUUUAACCAAUAUAAGCAGGCGUUGUAAUAAGUGUACUUAAUUCUUGUACCAUUUGUAUAUUGCUUGUCGGUUUGGUUUGAUAACUAUUUUCUAAAAAAAUGCUACACCUACAUGUUUUGGGUUCCAGUCACGGCACAGAACUGAUUAAAAUGACCUACGUCACAUAUUUAUUAUUUUAUUAUGGACUACAAAAUAAACACUUAUUAGGUACCUACCUAGUGCCUACAAGUACCUAAUUACAUAUUUAUUAUGUAAAAACUUUACUUUAUUAUCUGAAAAUACAUAACUAUUUUUAUCUUAAAA